GAAAUUUUGUUUGCUGCUCGGACUUCUGGCAACGUGUCGAGCCUGUUAGUAGGGCGCUUGAGAAGUAAUAAUAGCCUUUGCUCGUCUCUAAAUUAUUGUCCCUAUCACAAUGGUUUCGAAGAGUACUAUUGGAGUGUGUGCUGGAGUUGCUGGUGCACUGUUUGUUGGAUACUGUAUAUAUUUUGACAAGAAGAGGCGAAAUGAUCCUGAUUUUAAGAAGAGGCUACGUGAGAAGAGACGGAAGGGACGUAAAGGAGCUUCUUCCUCAGCUAACAUCAAGUGGCCAGAUCUUAAAGACCAGGAAGCAGUGCAAAAAUUCUUUUUAACCCAAGUGCAGCUGGGCGAGGAGCUGCUGAGCACGGGUGAAGUGGAGUCUGGUGUUGCUCACCUCAGCCGAGCUGUGGCUGUGUGCGGGCAACCUCAGCAACUGCUGCAGGUGCUGCAGCAAACCCUUCCCCCACAAGUCUUCCAGCUGUUGUUGGCGCAGCUGCCUGCGGUUGGCAAGAGCAUCAUGGAGGCAGCCGGAGACAGCAAUGAGGGAGCCAAAAUCACCGAAGAUGAUUUGGAAUGAGGACGAGCAUCGCUGAUUCUCUGAAGGUCGAAACUUGUGAAGCGUCAUAAUUGUGGAUCUGUGUGUCGGACUGGCCGUGAUGACGUAUCUAGUCUUCACUGUCAUUUUCUGCACGUCUUAGUCGACAUAAAUCUACUGGUAACAAAUAUUUCCUGCUGAAAUAAUGUCGCUAACAUGCAAGCAAAAAUAUCUUUUCAUGACAUGUAACUUGACUAAGCUAUUUCCAGUGAGAGGCAAGUUGUUGAAAGAUUUUCAGAGCGCGGUUUAUUCUAUCGCGCCACCUUCUCCAGUGUACAGUUGUUAUAGCAAGUCUGCCUUCGUCAUGAUGUAAAUUUUCUAAUCUGCGAUUGUUUAAAUCGGCUCCGUUUCAUCAACUGAAUUUUUCUCUUUGCGAUUCAUGACAAUUUUUGUUCAAACUAUGAGAGUUUACGGCUGUCCGUGAAUGAGACGUGAUCAUACAAUUUUUUUAUGAAAAAAUGGUGAACCAUCACGUUUCUUGGUCAGUUGAUAAACCUUGGUCGAGGUAAGCGAGGCAAACCUUAAUCGAGGCUGCUUUAUAAUAUGUUAGGUCGCAUUAAAAAUAUGAUAUCGAUUUGUGUUAGUAACAUGUGGCAUUUUUCUUUUUUAUUCAUCGCAAGUUAUUUUGUUAUCAAUUCGUGCGUGUACAGGCUGAAUAAAAACUAAGGAUUUGU